AUGAAGCGGGCCGGGACGCUCCGCCAGCUGUCGGACCUCAGCGACUUCAGCGGGGCGGGCCGCCUCCGGGAGCUGCUGCUGAGCGAGGCGGGGUCCGAAGGGCGGCGGGACCGUCCGGGGCCCCGCCUCCGGGUCCGCGCCAGCCCCGACGGCCGCUUGGUGCUGCUGCUGCGACCCCCGCCGGGCCCGGCCCCGCAGCUGCUGCUGUGCGGCCGCUCCGCCGGGGAGCGGGAGCCGGAGCUGGAGCGGGCCUGGCCGGCCGGGCGGCCCUCGCCCCUGGACGGCCUCUUCCUGGCGGGGAGGCUGGUCCUGGUGUGGGAGAGCGGGCGGAGCGAGGUGUGGCGGGCCGGGCCCGGCGGGGACUGGCGGCUGCAGCGGGCGCUGGAGCUCCGCCCCGGCCUCCGGGCCCGCCUGCUGUCGGUGGCCGGGCUGGGGGACGACGGCCUGGUGUGGUGCGAGGAGGCGGGCCCCGGCCCCUUCGACUUCUGCAUCUGCACUCGGAGCCUGGAGGACGGGCCCCCCCGCGUCCUGCUGCAAGGCUGCCCGCCCCUGCGGGUCCUGGCCUCCCCGCGGGACGUCUACCUGGUGCCCACCUCGGCCUGCCGGCCGGGCCUCGCCCACCUGCUGCUCGUCUGGUGCCCCGGCCGGGACAGGGUCACCGUGGCCGCCCCGGGCCGCUCCCUGGUCCACAGCCAGAGCCUGAGCCCCGGCCCGGCCGGGGGCGACGACCCCGCCGCCUUCGGGGAGCUGAUGCUGGGGGCCCCCGGGCUGCUGGCCGGCGGGGCCGCCCCGGCCGCCCUGGGCUGCGCCGUGACCCAGGGCCGCGGGGAGCUGCUCCUGCUGAGCCCCUGCGGGGCCGUGCGCCUGGUGCGCAGGGACGGCGGGGUGCGGGCCGUCUGCACCCUGGCCGGGGACGCCCCCGGCCCGGGCGCCCCGGUGGAGCUGCGGACCUUCGGCGGCACGCUGGCCUGCGUGCGGGGCUCCGGCCUGGAGCUGGUGGACCUGGGCAGCGGGCGGCUGCUGGAGCGCAAGGUGCUGCGCACCGACCGCGUCCACCUGCUGGAGGCCCCGGCCGGAGGGGCCGAGCCUGGGGAGGAGGGCCUCCGGCUACUGUCCCCCGCCGGCCUCUUCCAGGUCUGCUGGGCGGCCGAGGGCGGGAACGACCGCCCGGCCCCCGAGGACCUGGUCUUCGAGGAGGCCUGCGGCUACUACCAGCGGCGCAGCCUGAGGGACACCCGGCUGACGGUGGAGGAGCUGCGGCGGGGAGGCGUCUUCCGGGCCCCCGCGGCCCUGGCCGCCCUCCUGCGGGGCCGGCCGCCCCCGACCCGGCUGCUGACGGCCCUGCGGGCCGAGCUGCAGGACUACCGCGGCCUGGAGCGGCUCAAGAGCCGGGUGGCGGCCGGCGGCGGGGAGGGGGCCUACGCCGGGCUGGCCGAGCGGGAGGUGGGGCGGCUGCUGCAGGCGGAGCCCGGCCCCGACACCCUGGCCCAGCUCAACGCCGUCUUCGCCGCCUUCCCCGCCGCCGCCUGGGCGGCCGCCCGCCACCUCCUGCAGCUGCAGAUGGACGCGGCCGGCCAGCUGGGCUCCCCGGCCCCCCGGGAGCUGUGGAGGAAGGUGCUGGCGGGCGGCCCCGUGGGUGGGGUCCCCCAGAACGGGGCCCUGCCUCUCUUCGAGCUCUUGUGCUCCUCCCUGGGCCGGCUCGAGCCUCAGUGGCUGCCGCCCUUCGUGCAGCUGGCCCAGCGGCGGCAGGGGCCGGCCUCGGCGGGCGGAGAGGGGCCGGGGCUGCCCCUGUACCGGCGGGCCCUGGCCGUCGUGGAGAGGCUGCCGGGCGAGGCGGCGGAGGCCCUGGAGGUGGAGCUGCUGCUGGGCAGCGGGCGGCCCAAGGCCGUGCUCCAGGCCGUGGAGCAGCUGAUCCGGGCGGGGCGCUGGACGCAGGUCCUGGAUGCCGCCCAGAGACUCUCCCCGCCCAGCCCGCUGCUCCGCAGGGAGAUCUUCACCGCCCUGAUGGCCGAGUUCGCCCGGCACCGCCAACUGGACCCGCAGCUGUCCCGCCUGUGCCAGCUCUGCCCUCCGGACAUCUCGGCCUCUGACGUGCUCCUCCUGCUGCAGCCUCACCUGCUGCCCCGAGAGGCCCCGCCGGCCCCGUUCCCCGGCCCCGGCACCUCCCCGCUGACCCUGGGGCUGCUGAAGCCGCUCCUGGAACGGGCGGCCGGGCCGGGCCCGCCGGGGCAGCCGGAGGGGCUGUACUCUGACCUCCCGGGAGGCCCCGCGGAGCCCCCACCCGCCCCGCCCCGGGCCUCGGCGCCCCUCGCCCCGGACCCAGACCGGCCGGGGUUGCGGCCCGGGACUCCCGCGGGCCCCAGCCUUCCCCCGGAUGACACGGGCUGAGGUGGGGAGGGGCCGGGAGCGGAGCCGGCCGCGGGAGCGGCGGGAUCCGGAAGAGACAGGGAUGGAUGGAGCAGAUAGAAUCAGCCCACUCCAUAUUUGUGCCCUCUGCUCCCUCCUUCCUCCAGAACCCCUCAUUUCUCCCCCUAGGAGGCAGACGGCCAGGGGGUCCUGGUCAGACAGCGGGUCUAGGUCCGAGGAGGUGGUGGGGAUGGUGGGAGGGGGGGAGGGGGGCAUUGACACUGUGCAAUACUUCUCUCUCCUUGGAAGGGGGAUUUUUAAAUACAGUCGAGGGAAUUCAG